UCGAUUGUGGAGUGGUGUGAGAAACGAGGAGAGGAGGAAGGAGGCAAAGGGAGCCAGAGGAGAGAGAAGGUUGGGGCUCACUUUCAUUUACUCUUUUUAGUGUUGCACGCAUCCGUGGCAGAAGCGGUGAAGAAAGCAAACGCAGAACAAGGGGAAGAGGAAAGAGAGAGUGGAGAUUUUGAGAAGAGUACAGGGAACUCCCGCUGCUUCCCCCGCUCCUCCCGCUCCUCCCGCUCUCUCUCCCAACCCAACCCAACCAGGCAGUCACAGCCCAUUCAAAGAUAAAAGAGAAGCUUUGAAACAGAAGUAGGACAGUAGAGAAGAAAGAAGAAGGAAAGGAAAAUAUAAGUGUAGAAGAAAAGUUGAGAAAGAUGGGAGGAGGCAGAGGAGAAGGAAGAACUCCUGAAGCUUAAUUUGCAUGCGCCCGUUGUAUUAUUGUCCCAUUUUGUAGACUUGUAGACAGAGGAAGCCGAACAAAGUUGAGAUCUCCCCUUUGUCCACCUUCUACUGUUUCAGCUUUCAAGAACUUUGUUUUUAUCUCUUGGGGUAAAGUAACAAAGGACUUGCGUCUGGAUUCUUGCAUUAGAUGAGGGGUCUGCCCUAUCAUGGCCAGGGGAAGGGGGUUUUAGAAGCAGCUGAGACAAUAUUAGAAGGAAAGCAAGCUCUUUUCUGGGUCAAUAAGAGUCCAAAGUUGGCGAUCCCAGAGGUAGCGGAGCCAGGAUCGGUGCUUGAUCACAGGAGCCCCAGCUCUCCCACCUCCACCGUCACACUGUCUUCUUCCUUGGGCAGCAGCGGCUCCUCCAACACCGCCGGAGUGGCGGUGGUCUCCGAAAACCCCGCCAACAAAUGGCCCUUCUCCGACUCUGGCAGCGGUGCGUUCGGGACGGAGGACUGGGAGGCUGAGCUGCAGCUGAUACCAGCCCAGCUCGACACGGGCUUCGUUGCGGGAGGUGAAAGGUGCGGUCUUGGAGUCGAAGACUGGGAGGCGAUGCUUACGGAGACUUCGGCGGCCUCCCCCGACCGGGAGCAGACUUCUCUUCGGUGGAUCAUCGGCGACGUCGUCGACCACUCUGCGGCCGGGCUUAAGCAGCAACAGCAGCAGGUGCUCUUCUCCCAAGGGCUGGUGGAUUUCAAUGGCAGCAAUGACGGCUUGGGGUUCGGGAUUCUCGACCCGGGAAUUGGGCUUGAAUCUUUUGGAAGGAUCGUGGACGAGCUUUCCGUCUCGGCUUCCAUCGGCAGCCUUCCUCCUUUGGCUUCUAACGUAAUUACUGGUGGUAGCUUCUUGCUCGAGAGCAGUAACAGCUGGGUGUCUCCGCCCUCGGAGAGCGCCGGCGUCAAAGGGGCCACCUUUGGCCACCAAACCGGUAGUCAGCUCUUCUCGCCACUGCCGCUGGCAGACAACAGCAUCUCGCAGCCGCUCUGUCUACCGCCAGGCUCGUACUUGACGGAUACCAUGGAGGACAAGCCGCAGUUGUCUGGCGCAGGCCUUCUUCUGACCCAGCCAUUGGCCACCCCGAGCCCGUCCUUCUUCCUCAGUGCGGGGGAGGUGGAGCACCAGCAGCUGCCGCACCUCCUAGUUCCCACCCAGCCGAAGCGCCUUCAUUCGAUCGUUGACCAUGUUCCGCCGAAACUUCCCUUUCUGGAGCCUGGGGGCACUUCGGACCUCUUAAUCCAUCGACAGCAGUCAUGCCCGCAACAGCAGCAAAGCACAAGCUUUACGCUGCCUCAUCCCCAGGAAAGGUUGGGGAAACCGAAGGUGGCAGCUCUUGGGGACGAUGCUUCGGCAGCAAUGGCCGCUCAGCAGCAGCAGCAUCAUCAUCAGCUACAACAUGCAUUGGUUGACCUGCUUUUCGAGGCUGCAAGGAUGGUCGAGGCGAUGAAUUUUGUUGGCGCCCAUGGGAUAUUGGCACGGCUCAAUCACCAGCUCCCCUCUCCCGUGGGGAAGCCCCUUAUCCGCUCUGCUUUUUACUUCAAGGAGGCAUUGCAGCUAUUCCUCUCGAAUAGAUCGAAUCCCCUCCAUCGGCAGAGUCAGUUCUCGUCUCAUCCCCUCACGACUCAAUGGGACAUUGUGCAGAAGCUCAGUGCUUACAAGGCCUUCUCCGAGGUCUCUCCCAUCAUUCAAUUCUCUAAUUUUACCUGCAUCCAAGCCCUCCUCGAGGAGCUCAGUGGCUCUGACCGUAUCCAUAUCAUCGAUUUCGACAUCGGUUUUGGCGGACAAUGGUCCUCCUUCAUGCAGGAGCUGGCCCAGAGGCGCAGUUCGGUGGCAGGUUCAGUGUGGCUACUUAAAAUCACAGUUUUGGCCUCAGGUUACUCCCAAAACGACUUGGAGCUCCAACUCAUCCGGGAGAAUCUCUCCCAUUUUGCAAGUGACCUUAACAUUCCCUUUGAAUUUAACGUCCAUUGCCUGGAUUCUUUUGAUCCCUCGAAGCUCCUUGGCAUGGGAGGUGAAGCCGUUGCUGUAAACCUCCCUGUAGCUUCUGCAAACCUUUCUUCCAUGGUUCUCCUCUGCCUUGUGAAGCAACUCUCCCCGAAGAUUGUGGUCUCAGUUGACCAAGGGUGCGAACCGAGUGGCCUUCCAUUCUUGCAGUACUUCCUUCAUGCUUUUCAGUCCUCCAUGGUACUUAUGGAGUCCAUUGAUGCAUCCGGAACUGACCAAGAUAUGAUUAGCAAGAUCGAAAGGUUUCUGCUACAGCCAAGGAUUGAGAGUUCUAUUCUUCGGCGGCACCGGGUGGAUGACAAGAUGGUUUCCUGGCUAGCACACUUUGCAACCACAGGGUUUGUGCCCAUUCGAUUCAGCAAUUUUACAGAGACACAGGCUGAAUGUCUUCUGAAGAGGGUGUCGAUCAAAGGAUUUCAUGUGGAGAAGCGCCAGGCCUCUCUCUUCCUUUGUUGGCAACAUAACGAGCUUGUCUCUGUAUCAGCUUGGAGGUGCUGAAGAGCUGCUGCCUCACAGGCAUGUAAUCCUUGUACCUGUCCUUGCAAAGUUCUGGCAAUCAUUGGCACUUAGGUA